GGAGGAGCCGGGCAGCGGCAUGUGGGGUGACUGGGUGGAAGCCGCAGUCAGUAACCCCAGUGUGUUUUGGGUGGGAGCCCCCUGCUCCCAGAGCCGCUUCCCAUGGGGCCCGGGGCGUGCGUGUGUCAAUUGCUGUGGCCUCUUCCCGCCCUCCGCCUCGGGGCAGGGACGAGCCGCACGCGGGCCCUUGGCACGUGAGCGCGACGCCGUGACAGAGGGGCAGGAUCCCUCCCUCCCCCCGACUCACAGCCACAGCGCGGGGCGCAGCAACAGGCCAGCGAAGGCUGUUACACAGGAUCGCCUCCCGCCUGUGAGCAACGUGUCGCACCUAAGCACAGACGGCCGCGGGCUGGGGUCCGUGGGGGAGAAAGGGCUGAGAUAUGCCGCCGAAUUGGGGAGGGGGGAAAAGAGAGAUGAGUCACAAAGCAGCGGUGCAAAAAAAGCCUCUCCCUGGGGGCUGGGGAGGACGACUACGCUGGGGACAACCCCACAUUGCAGUGAAGCGCCCCCGGACUAUGGGCAGCAAGGGAGUCCCCCCCCUAUAAAGAAGGGCGCUUGGGUAAAGGGAGGGCACCUCCCUUGGCCUUCCCUGGAAAGAAGAGGCACCUCCCUACUGCUCCCCCGGGGAGGGAGCCACCCAAGUGUUUCCCUCCACCCAUGCACAGAGAGGGGACCCACCCUGAUUCCCCUUCGGAUGGACGGGGACGCCUCAGAGCCGCCCCGCUCCCCCACCCCUUGCCCGCGAGGAGGGAAUCGCCCCGCGGCGAGGGAGCCCGCCGUGGCCUGAGCCGACUCGUGUGCCCGGCGCUGCCCCCGGCCUGUCCCUUUAAGGCCCCUCCCCUCGGCCGCGGCGCUGGAGUCCGGGUGCUGUCGGCGGGGAGGGGGCUGAUGAGCGGCGGCCGCCGGAGCCAACGGGCUGCGGGGAGGGAGGCGGGCGCUGCGGGGGUGUCGGGUUAGAGCGAGGCGUGACCCACUUGACAGGCGCUGUGAGCCGCAGGGCAGGAGCGAGCCGGGCAGGGGGACGCGGGGGACGGCCGCCGGGUCAGCGAUUUUCCCCCCCAUCUCCGGUGAGCCUGGGGAACGUGCAGCUCAAAGCCGCCGCCAGCCACAGCACCAUGUACCCCGGCAACAAGCGGAAAAAGCUCUGGAAGGAGGAGAAAGAGCGUCUGUUGAAGAUGACCUUGGAGGACAGACGCAAAGAAUACUUGAGGGAGCACGUUCCAUUGAAAGACAUUCCAACAUGGAUGGAAGAAAUGAAAAGCAAGAACCAAAGUGACGAUGAAAACACUAAGGAAGCUUUGCCGGUGAAGAAAAGUCUGAGUGAGAAGGUUUCUCUCUACAGAGGUGACAUUACAUUGCUUGAGAUUGAUGCUAUAGUUAAUGCAGCUAAUUCCAGUCUUCUUGGAGGUGGAGGGGUGGAUGGCUGUAUACACAGAGCUGCUGGGCCCUGCCUAGUUGCUGAAUGUCGCAACUUGUGUGGCUGUGAGACUGGACAAGCUAAAAUUACUUGUGGAUAUGACCUGCCUGCCAAAUAUGUCAUUCAUACUGUGGGACCAAUAGCAAGAGGCCAUAUCAGUGAUACUCAUAAAGAAGACCUGGCAAGUUGUUAUAAAUCAUCCCUGAAACUGGCAAAAGAAAACAAUAUCAGAUCAAUUGCAUUCCCCUGUAUUUCAACUGGAAUUUAUGGUUUUCCAAAUGAGCCUGCUGCCGUUAUUGCCCUUACCACUAUUAAGGAAUGGUUGAACAAGAAUCACAAUGAGAUGGACCGUGUCAUCUUCUGUGUGUUUUUGGAGGUCGACUACAAAAUUUUCAAGAAGAAAAUGAGUGAAUAUUUCCCCACAGAUGAUGAUAAUGAAGAGGAGACUGAGAUAAAUGAGGAUACAGAGGGAUUGGAACAAAAAGCCCAGUCACCAUCUCCCAUAAAGUGCAAAGCAAAGAAAUCUGAGAACCUGAAGGAUGAUAAUGAGGAUGAUAAUAGCAGAGAAGAGAAGCAAAGUAAUGAAGAAACUGAGGGCCAGAGCCAAGAAGCAGAUGAGGCAAAACAUACAGCUGUAUCCAGCCCACCAUCAGAAGAAGGAAUAGAGCUGUGCGAGGAUAAAGAUUCCUCAAAGGAUUCCAAAGCCACACAAGAGAAUGCCCCAGCACAUCAUGCAAUGUGUGAAGAAGAUCAAGAUGAAGGACCACAGGAUGUUUCCACAAUUGAUGAAAUGACAACUCAGCCAGAUUCCCAGAGCUCCUGCAUGGAGACAGAAGAGCCCCUGGCAAAUAAAGAGGAUGCAAUCAAGGUUGAGAAACCAGUGACUCCUAUAGUAGAUGAAAAUAAAGAAGAAAGCAAAGAAGAGGAGACAGGAGCAGCACACGGGAAAGGGAAGCUAUCUGCAGAGGCAAUGACAAUUGAAAAUCCGUGUGACACAGAAAACAUUUCAAGUAAUGAUGCUGAAAUGAAUAGUCAGGUUGAAAGUAUAAAUGAACAUUCAGAAAUGCAGCCAGAAGAUUAACAAAUAGAGGAACAGUAUGAGAGAAGAGAACAAUGGGGUGAAACGUGAACGGCAGUCAUUAGCAUUGUAUGGCAUCAUUCUAACUAUCGGCAGAAAGCGCAUCGGAAGGUGCCCCAUGGGAUGGGAGGGGCAGGGAAAUAAGGGAAAAUGAAUCUUUGUUUUAAUUCCUCUUAAUUCUCAAUUGCAUUUUGUUCUGUAAACCUGGUUUUUCUGAAGAAGCUUCCCUACUUUGGUCAUGAUGUCCCACUUCAAACAAUCCUUUGCAUUGUCCUGGCAAUUACAACAACUUCUAGGUCCUGUAUAAUAUUGGAGAUGCUUAUUUACCCCCCCCCCCCCAUCACGAGCCUCUGAAUCUCAUUUCCCAAUGAGGGCACAUCAUCCAAGCAACUGGUGGGAAUGGGAUUGUUUUGCAUUCUCUGGGAUAAAUUUGGGGAUUUGGUUUGAGGACAUGGACUGCCACAAAGCAUCGUAAACCACAGAACACUGUGUAUCUUAGGACUUUUAAGAACAGCUGUUCCAAACGAUCACUAUAUUGAUAGUGAAGUUAUUGCACAGUCCCCACCUCCAGCAACAUCAGUUAGGAAUUCCUGACUGCACGUGCCAGUGCAAAAUAGUUAGAGCUUUCAGAAGAAAGACCCCUGCCACUAUGGAGAUAGUCAAAGAGCGAGGAGGAGUGUUUCCUAGUGCACAGUAGACUCCAACCUAUGCUUCACACUAUAAGCUCGGAAAUCUGGAUGCUUCAGGGUGUCGUAUUGCUGUAUUGCUCACUGGGAGAAUGGAGACAUCUAUUGCCCAUUGCUGAUCUCUUUAAAUCUUGAGUAUGAUUAGCAUAUCCUUUGCGUUGUAUGUGGUCAUAGCACAUCAUGUGAUGCAAAGUAAUGCCAUGUGACCUAAUGCAGUUAGUGCAUCAGUUCUCUUCUCUGCUAGUGAAUUUGCACUUCUAAAAGUAAAUAAUUAUUUUAAGUGGGUACUUAAAGUAUCUGUGGGCAACUAAUAUUUUGCACAGCCUGUGAGUAAUGGAGGCUAACAGACAUUCUGCAUCCAGCACGUCUUUAAAUAUAGUUUAUGGCUUUAACAAAUUCACUGUACCUUGUGUCAGCCCUCAUUAUAUUUUCUACUGCGUAUGCAUGAUUUUUAAAAAUGCAAUUAACAGUUAUUUGGUUAAGAAUGUUUUACCAUAUGUCAUUUGUUCUGCCAGCAAGUGCUGCAUUCAGAAAAGAGGGCUUAUGUACAUUUUUUCAACAGUACUGUAAAUGAAAUUGAUACACAAGACUGAAGGAACGCACAGCAUGUGUCCAGGGUUUGAUGUUCUGCAAUAUAUAACGAUGUUAAAAACAAUUAGAGCUUUUUUCUUUUCUUUUUUCCCAAGAAUCUGGUUUUGCUUGAAUAUGUACACUCUUUCCCCCAGUCCUGAAAUGAUUACUGAUUGGCUUGCAAAAAAAAAAAAAUAAUAAAGUGAAAGGAGACUAAAUGUAUUGGCACUAUUCUGAUCAAUGCAUUUGUGCCAAAUUCACACGGAUAUAACUGUGAACCCUAUAUGUAUAUAAACAGUUUGACGGCUGCUGGCAUUUUCAGGUUGAUUAGAAAUAAUGACGGGACAAACCAGGAUCUAAAACAAGACUACUAGAUUUGUCUGUGGGAGUGUGGCCACUAGCAGUGCCUGACACCUUCCAAUAAGCUGCUUUUAUGUACCUCUAUCAUUGGAGCCGCUUGAAGAGCCCAGGGGGGAGGAGGGCAUUGUCUGCAGUCACUUCCUGUGGCAUUGUUAGGGAACACGGGGCUGGGGCUUCCAAGGUUUUUGGAUUUCAGUUUGGAGGCUAGUAGAUAUUUCACUUUGAGCAUGAUCAGUUUUUAAAGAAACUAGGUUUCAGAUGUAAUUAAUCCUGUUAGUUCCUGUUAAAACAGUGCCAGGAUUGUACUACACUUGCUCUGUUGGGUCAGAAUGCAUUUUGGACAUCCCUUCCUCUAUCCUUAGAUGCUUCUAUGCCUCUUCCUUUUCCCUUCCUGUUAGCUUGACCAAAGAUAUCUUCGAGGCCCCGCAUAGACCCCAGCCCUAAAUGUUAUUUUCCUUCUGUCCCUGCAUUUGUGUUUGGCUGAUUCCAAUUGCAGCAGUCAAAGGACCGGCAGAUUAUGUAUGAUGCACAUGCACUAUGUUUCAUUAUCAAAUGAUUUCUCUUUAAAUAGCCUGUCAUAAUAGAACCGAUACCGUCUCUGGGGGGAAAGAUAAAUGUAUUAGGUCACAGUAAUGUUAAUCCUCCAUUUGUGUGUUCUCUUUUAAAAGGCAAAGAUUGAAGGGCUCCCUUUGUUUGUCGAGCUAGGGAAACUCCUCCAUAAAGCAUUUGGAAAGUCAAUUGGUGUGAGCUUUCCAAAGCCUGGUGGGAAACUGUCUGGGCCAAAUCUGCAGCUAAUUUAAACGGUCACAGCUCCACUGAGUGUGGCUGAGGUAGGACAAUAUCCGCAAGUCAUGGAUCUGGUCCUGCGUAUUUAAUUCUGAAGCUGUACGUGUCUGACUGUCACAGUCUUCCAUGUACAACACUAGAGAACGGCAGGCUGCUGCUAGCUAGUAUCCUGUGCCCCUCAAACAUUAGUGAGACUCAGGCUCAGCAAGGAGCAGAGAAGGAAGAUCAGUGCGAGAGACUGAUUAAAGGGGUGUGUUCAAAAAUAUACAGAGAGACAAGCCAAUCUUUAAACUCCUUGGCAAUACUGACUGAUACUACAAAUAAUUAACUCCAAACAGAUUUCAGGUUAGAGGCUCUCCUUAUAACCCGUGACGGUAAUUUCAUUGCUACCCUCGCUUAACCUUGGUUCUCUUUAACAGCAGUGAUUCUUUGAAGCUGUGGAACUUUUGCCUGAGGACUCUGCAGCAAGUGUGAAGCACAGGCAGGAAGUGUAGAGUAAGAAAAUGUACGAGUUGGUUAAAUCUUAACAGUCCCAUUUUCAGUCAUGAGUGUGUAGCUUGGUUUCCUUGCGUUUUUUGUUCAUGUGGCUUUGGGGUUGCAUUUGUUUAGGAUUUUUUAAUAAAAAAAAAAUUAAUACAAUGAUGUGUUAGGCGAUAUGAUUCUGAGCUCUUUGGUUAUUGCUGGACCGGUGCAGCCACUAUUGAUUUUGCUGGAGCUACGGAAGUAGAGAGUAGGAUCUGUAGAAUAAAUAUCAGAAAUGGAUUAAUGCCACUAUAACAGGGGUUUUGGUUAACAACUAACAUUUUAUCACAGUAUGUUCUGUGUAGAAAAUAGAACCCCCUAAACAAGUGGUUUUUGCAUCCAAAUAUUAGCAUAUGCUUUCAAUGUUCCAGUUGAAAAAAGUGCUUAUUCUACAAUUAGGAGCAGCAAUCUAUUUUUCCUCCAGCUAGUGAUUGCUCUGAUGAUGGACAAGUUUCCUUUCAUACAGGCUCACAAAGGAGAUGUCUGAGACACUGUCUGUAAUAUUGGGUCACAUAUUAUUCACUACAGCUAACUGUAAAUCUUUCUAUGACGCACUGAAAAGCCUCUUUGUGAAUUAACACUGUUCUGCUUUAUGCAUUUGAUUAAAAAAGAUAUUUCUCUAUAUGCCGUGCAUGUCUGCUUUGCUUUUAAAAUUACAAAGUUAGCAGAAUAUGUUGGAUAUAUUUUCUUGGGGAAUAGGGGUUUUUAUCAUAUGAUUCAUCAAGGAUUUGCCUUACCCUGACAUUUGUGAUAUAAAGGAAAGUCAGAAAAAUGUAAUUUUCUUGAUCAAAAAAUAUGUUUUUACUUAAAUGCAAAUAAAUGUAGUCUGUUGCUUGCAAAAUAUAUGGUAUAGUGGCUAAAUAGGUUAACACAUGUCUCUUUUGUUAAUCUGAGAUUUACAUGCUGAAUUUGCUUAUGAAUCUGUUGUUUUUUCUUUUGUCUGUGCCAUACAUCUGAAAACUUAAACUAAUGAUGCCUUCAUACUACAAUGUUUGUUAAAGCAAAAUGUUAAUAAAACUUGU